UUCCAUAGAUUCUUGUGUAUAAUUCUUCGAAACAACUGUGGCCAAGCCUACCGCUGCCCUAGCUAGGCUAAUUUGUUUUUAGUCCUUUAAGGCAUGAUGUCAGAGUGCGUAAAUUUAUCUGCUAUUCUCAAAAAGCAAGGUGAAUUAGUUUUAGAAGAUACACCCAUACCAAAGCCAACCAAAAAUGAGGUCCAGAUUCGUAUGCAGCGUGUGGGAAUCUGUGGAUCUGAUGUCCAUUACUGGACACAUGGGUGUAUUGGUCACUUCAUUGUGGAGGCUCCAAUGAUUUUGGGUCAUGAAUCCAGCGGUAUUGUUUCAGAAGUUGGUGAAGGUGUAGAGCACUUACAAGUAGGUGAUCGUGUUGCGAUAGAACCAGGUGUUCCAUGCCGCAUGUGUGCUUUCUGUAAGAGUGGCAGAUACAACUUGUGUCGUGACAUGGUUUUCUGCGCUACCCCUCCAGUUGAUGGCUCACUUAGGAGAUUUUACACCCAUGCUUCAGACUUCUGCUUCAAAUUGCCUGACCAUGUUUCAAUGGAGGAGGGCGCUCUACUUGAACCAUUAUCUGUGGCCGUUCAUGCCUGUCGGAGAGCUGGUGUAACUCUUGGCAACAAUGUUUUGAUUUGUGGAGCGGGUCCCAUUGGUCUUCUGUGUAUGUUAGUAGCCAGAGCUAUGGGAGCUGCUGUAACGGCCAUUACAGAUAUUGAUGAAGGAAGACUAAAUAAAGCAAAGGAGCUUGGGGUAAAUUUCACUGUCAAAGUUGACACCAAAGAUGGUAAGGUGAUGGCAAGCAAAAUUGAAGAAAUUAUGGGCUGUCAGCCAGAUGUGACAGUAGAAUGCAGUGGAGCAGAGCCUAGUGUACAAACAGCAAUUUAUUCAACAAAAUCUGGAGGCAUGGUUGUUCUUGUAGGAAUGGGACCACAUGAAAUGGUUUCAGCGCCAUUGAUAAAUGCUGGGGUCCGAGAAGUAGACAUCAGGGGAAUAUUUCGUUAUGCCAACUGCUAUCAAAUUGCAUUGUCUAUGAUUGCCUCUGGACAAGUGAAUGUGAAGCCAUUAAUAACUCAUCAUUUUGACUUGGAAGAAACAGUGGAUGCAUUUGAGACGGCAAAAACUGGUGCAGGGGGUGCUAUUAAAGUUAUGAUUCACUGUGGAGAUGAUAACUAACUCCAUUGUUAAGCUCUGUUCCCAGUAUCAAAAAACAUAUAUAUGCCCAUAUAAAGUCAGGAUGUGCCCAUAUAUGGUCAGGAUGUGAUGUCAUCAUGACCAUAUAUAGGCAUUUGAUAAACUGAACAGGGCUUUAUUUUUAACAAUAUACAAAUCCCUAAAUGUUUAUAAUCCCACUUAUUGUAAAUUAUACCCACGAUCUCAGUCAAAUUUGUAUGCUUCAGUGAUUUUGAAACAUAAAUUGUGUUUCUAUUCACUACUAUACAUCACUGCCUAUCACAUGGUACAGCCCACUUACUGUAAUAUAGCUAACUCAGCAGCUGAUAAAUUUUUAUUCCAAAUCCUUCACAUCACAUCCUACCAGGUACCCAUUGGAACAAAGAUUUUCUUUUGAUUGAGACUGGUGGCUGUUUCCUGUGUGUUUCUUUUUGUCACAUAACUGUACUAAAAGGUCAUGUAACAACAAGUAAACACAACUUGACAGCUGAUGAGGGUACCAAGAAUGUACUGAACUGUACUGAGAAGAAAUAUUAUAUCACAGUUUUUGAAAGGUUACACUUUUCUAUUUUGAUUAUAACAUGACAGAGUUAGAUGAUAACUUCAAAUCCAUUUUCAUUAUUGAUGUUAUUACUCCUACACAAUAUUUGAUUAUUUUAAAUAUUAUAAUUACCAUAGUAACUUUACCAACUUUAUACGGUAGAUCAAUUAUGUAUCAAUUAAAAAGUAUACUGUAAAUAGCAACUUAUAUGAAAUAGAUGUUCAUCAAUUAUGUAUUGCAUUUCUGUAACUGCUUAAAUACCAUAAAGUAUAUGUUGUAAAAAAAAGUAUAAAAUUAUAAAAAGGAUUAUUGGUUGUAUGAUAAAACAAUCAACAUAAACAAUAAAACAUAAGAUCUUAUAAAUCUAGUCUUAUUUGGAUAUUUUCCUGAUUUUUAAGCCGGUUUUACAGUCACACAGCAAUCAGCACACUAAUCGUAUCUGUCCCCGACAUGAUGGAGAGGGCUUCCCCGAUUCAUUGCCAACAAAGUUGAUGUAGAACUAGGCUGGCCAACCCUCUUGACAAAUUAUGCUAAAGGUCAUCAGCUUCUCCAGUUAUCACACUGAUUUUCUCGAAACAAUUUUCAUUUAUUUAUUUGUUCCGGUAAGCAUUUACAAACAAACUAUAAUGAACAAUAAGCAAUACAGUACUGUACAAUGAAAAAAUGUCAAAUUAAUACCUGGGGGAAAACCAAUAGUGAACUUAACCACUUUCGAAGGCAUCCCAGCAUAAAUUGACAGAAAUGAAAUAAAACGCUUAACAAAAAUAA